GGCGACGUUCGUCGGAGUUCAGAAGAGCGGAGGGAGCAAAAUGGCGGACGAAGAUAUUACGCUUGAUGGAAAACCUCUACAGUCGCUCCGAGUUGCGGAUUUGAAAGCUGCCCUGGAGCAAAGGAACCUACCGAAGAGCGGGCAGAAAAACACCCUCUUAAAGCGACUUAAAGGGGCGCUGAUGCUGGAAAACCUCCAGAGGUCAUCGUCCUCUCACAGUGGGCUGCAGCCCAACUCCCAGAUUGGCGAGGAGAUGUGCCAGAACAGUUUCAUCAAACAGUACCUGGCCCAGCAGCAAGAGCUCCUACGUCAGAGACUGGCCAGAGAGGCCCAGCAGGGAGAGGAGGCUGACGAAAGCCCAGCUGGACCAGAGGAGGACGAAGAGCAGUCCGAAGACAAUGACAGCCCUCCCUUCGUCAGUAAGCAAAAAGGGCCCCGGACCCAGCCCCCAGGUCCCGAUGUGGGAGGAGAAAACUCUGGACCUGCUGCUGCGUCCCGCCACAGAGAGUCCAGUGAAGCUCCCAGAGCCAGGAUGCAGCGGGCCCCCUUUCAGCAAGGACACAGGGAGCCCCCAGCCUCCUCCCCUCCCCGAGCUGUUGCCUCCUUCUCAGUGCGUGUCCAGGGUCAGCCGGACAGCCAUGGGUAUCCGGCCCCUUUGCCCCCGGGCCAGGAGAAGGAGGCGGCUACGGUGAGCGUCCCCCGAGCAGCUCAUCCCGGCCUCAAUCUCAGCCGCUCCGCCCGGAGUUCAGCCGAAAACCACGUGAAGGACGACAGCGACGAAGACGACGACAGCGACGAUAGCGACGAAGAUGAGGACUGGGGACCCGGUCCUGGGGGGGCGCGGAGGAGAAAGGCAGCGGUUCCCUCAAAGCAGCAGGUGGCUCCCAGCGUGUCGUCAGCCGCCGCGAGAUCCAAACGCAAGCUUCAGCCUCCUCAGCACAUCCCGCCUCCUCAGGUACACGACACUCCCAUGCAGCUGCGUCACCCCACCCCUCCUCCCUCUCCGCCCCCUAACCUGUUCCCCCUACCCGACACUCCGAAGCAAAGCCCCCCAGACGAUCAGGAGAGGGAGGCCGCACGUGACGCAGGGAUGGCGUCCUUCCCGCCUCCCACCGUGCAGAGGCAAGACUCUGACUCCAGCUCCGGCUCCAGCAGCCCCGAACCUCCUGUGAAGCGCAGGUCUGGCCCCCUUUCACUGCUCAUGCACAAGAUGGAGUCAGAGGAGGCAACCUCAUCUCCCGGGUUCUCCGGAGAAACGGCACACUCGACUGCGACGUGUUCCAGCGAAUCUCCUCUUCAGCCGUCCGAAACAAAGAUGCAACAGGAGGUCAGAGAGAGCGAAGAAGAGAGGCCGCUGAAGGAGGAGAAGGAGAGGGGACAGCAGCAGAAGCCGGAGAGAGAGAGUCUCAAAAGCCAGGAGCAAGAAAGGGAGAAGAGCCGCUCGGAGGAAGAGAGGGAACAGGAAAGAAAGGGGCUGGAAGAGGUGAGGAAGCAGCGGCAGAAGGAGGAACAGGAAAAGGAGAAAAGACGGCAGGAAGAGGAAAAAGAGAAGAAACGCAAAGAGGAGGAGAGGAGAAUAGCGGAGCAGCGGCUAAGAGAGGAAGAAGAAAUGAAAAGAGAGACGGCCAAGAACGACCAGAGAGCUGCAGCCAGAGGAGAAGAUUCUGGUUCCUCCUCAGAUUCUGACUCCAAAUCAGAGUCCUCCUCCCGCUCGUCAUCGUCCUCCUCCUCCUCCUCCCCUGCCAGGGAAACACCUCAGCCUGCCAGUCAGCUGAAGAAGGCAGACCAACGACAAGAGGCAGAGGCUCAUGAAAAGACUAAGUUCAGUAACGACUCGGAGAAUCCUAACCUUUCUAAAAGGGAGGUCUCCGAGCCCAGCACAGCCGCCGUCACGGAGGUGGAGGCAGACUCUGAGAGCCCCGUGGCCCAGCAGCCGGCUUCCGGCGCCGAGCCAGAGAGCAGCGAGAGCCGCAUGGAGGAGAGCACCACUCCCAAGGCUUUUGCUGCUCGCAAGAUAUCCCUGUCCAGCAGCAAGGCAUCUCCAGCCAGCACAGACGGAGGAGCGGGAGAGUCCGAAACAGGAGGCGCAGCAGGGAGGAAGAGGCGAUGGGGCUCCAGCACCGCAGUCACCGUUAAGAAGCCGUCGAUCAGCAUCACCACGGACUCCCUGAAGUCUUUGAUUCCCGACAUCAAGGUGAACCAGGAGGCGGUGGUGGACCUUCAUCCCGAGGAGCUGCAGAUGUCCGGAGACGAGGAGAACUCCGACACCGGUCGGAGCGACCCAGACAAAGGCCUCAAGAUCCGGCGCACCGUCACGCAGGUCGUUCCCAGUGAAAACCAGGAGAACGGGCAAACGAGCGUGGAGGAAGACGCGGAGAAAAGCGAGGGCGAAAAACAGGACAAGCCUACCAGAGAGAGAAAGAGGAGCAGCGUCUCCGAGGAGGCGCCCGAAACGCAGAUAUCCGUCAGCCUGGAUGGAGAGGCCAAGAAAGUGACUCCCAGCGACAGUCUGGUGCGACGCUCCAUCAGCCAGCAGAAGUCCGGCGUUUCCGUCACCAUCGACGACCCCGUUCGCACCACCAGGCAGCCGUCUCCGCCUCGAGGAAAGGUGUCCAACAUCAUCCAUGUCAUAAACCUGGUCCGACCCUUCACUCUGCUCCAGCUGAAGGAGCUGCUGAACAGAACCGGCAGCGUGGUGGAGGAGGGCUUCUGGAUCGACAAGAUCAAGUCUCACUGCUACGUCACAUACGCCACAACAGAGGAGGCGGUCGCCACCAGGACGGCGCUUCAUGGAGUCAAAUGGCCUCCCAGCAACCCCAAGGUGCUCGGCGUGGACUUCUGCCAGCAGGACGAGCUGGACUAUCACAAAGGCAUCCGGAAGCCAGAGAAGGAGCCGGAGCAGGCUGCUCCGGCGGCUCCUCCUCCUCUGCCCCGCCUGCCCCCUCUGAUGCCCGUGAGAGACCGGGACAAGGAGCAGGAGCAGCGGGAGCAGAGGGAGCGGGAGCGAGACAGGGGGGUGCGGGACCUGUGGGCCGAGCGGCAGAGGGAGAUGGAGCGGCGAGAACGGGCCCGGGGCGAGCGGGAGUGGGACCGGGACAAGGUCCGGGAGUUCGCCAGGCCCGGAGAGGAGGGACGGCGAUCUCGGUCCAGAGAGCGGGAGAGGAGGAGGAGGGAGAGAGCCAAGAGUAAGGAGAAGAAGACCGAUAAGAAAGAGAAAGGAGACGAACCUCCUGCUAAACUGCUGGAUGACCUGUUCCUCAAGACCAAAGCAGCCCCCUGCAUCUACUGGCUCCCCCUCACCGAGGAGCAGGCCAACCAGCGGCUCCUGGACACCGUGGAGCGGCAGAAGGAGCGCGAGCGACGGCGCAAGGAGCAGCAGGAGGAGGAGGAGAAGAAGCGUGACGAGGAGAAGAAGGAGAGGCUGAAGGUCAGGGAGAAGGAGGCCGGUGGCGCCGCAGCAGCAGCAAGCGCCGCGGCGUCCGGCAGAGGAGGCGACGCCGACAGGGAGCGGGACCGCGGCCGAGACAGGGAGGCCAACAAGAGGAGGGACAGCAGCCACCGGUCCAGGCGGCCCUCGCUAGUGUCGGGCGGCGGCCGGCGCUCCCGUAGCCGCAGCAACCCCCGGGACAGGCGCCGCUGAGACGCCUGGAGCCGCGGGGGGGGGGGAGGAGGCAGCAGACAGGAAGUCAGGAGAGGCUCCUCCCCUUCUGCCCCGCCGGGCUGUAAAGGCUUCACCAUGACGCCACUUUUGUCUUCCACACGCUUCUGUCCCCGCCCUCCUUUUUAUCGUUCGCCGUGUGUGUUAUAGGAACGCGUCCGUUCGUCUUCAUCCUUCAGCUCCUUUUCUUUUUCCGUCUCCCAGUCGCCACCCGUCCUCCUCGUCUCGUCCUGUCGGCUCUUCGUGGAGGAGAAGUAGCGGAGGGCGCCCGCUUUUCCUGCCUCCUCAUUCUGUCGCCGCUGAGGUUUCGGGGACCGCCUGACUUAUUUUAGUUCUGUGGCUGCACAGUUUCCUUCCUCCUCCUCCUCCUCCUCCUCAGAGCCCUGUAAUAAACCUAGAUCCCCGACCGUCACCCGACAUUUUCUAGAAGCCAUUUUACUGUUCAGCACCACGGAGGCAAAUCUAUCGAUGUACAUACAGUUAGAAAUAACCCUUAGUUAAAGUGAAAGCUAUUUUAUUUUUGAGAUGGAUUUUUCUCAGCCAUAGACGGUUGUGGGGUUUUAGCCGGCGAGGAGCGUUCAGCUCGUCUCGGUAGAGGAGCGGCGCUACGCCCAGCUUCCUCCAGCAGGCUCAGAGCCGCCUGGCCGCUCACCUUUAGGAGGCUUAAAUGCAAAGGUUCAGCUUCUCAUAGAGGAACAGUUGCAUUUUUAAUAUUUUUCAUUUUCUUUUCAGUUCCAGUUUGCUUUUUUUUUUAGUUGUUUUUGUUUUCUCUCCAUCCAAGUGCUGAAUGUACCAAGAAUUUAAGAAAUCAAUAAACUGGUUUACCACACCA